CACACACACACACACACACACACACACACACACACAAAAUAAGAGUUUCCAGUUAGUCUCAUAAACUGAUUCUUUUAUCGCAGAAAUAAGGAUAGGAUAGGAUAAAGAACGAUAAACAAAUGAGAAAACUUCGUUUCUUCUCGUUACAGGGUCAUGAUACCGUAUCAAUGGCUAUGACUUUUGCUAUACUACUGUUAGCCGAACACAAGGAUGUGCAGGAUUGUGUCAGAACUGAAGUCAAUGCUGUAAUGGAAAAAAAUGGAGGAAAACUUACCGUGACAGCGUUACAGAAUCUGUCGUAUCUUGAGAGAUGUUUGAAAGAAACGAUGAGAUUGUAUCCCAGUGUGUUGCUAAUAACACGAACAUUAGUAGAAGACGUAAUGUUAAGCAAGCAAUGAAUAAGUAAAAUAAUAAAUAUUAAAUAAUUACAGCAAUAAUUAGAUACAUCUUACAGAUUUCUUAUCAUAAGCAGUGAAGAAGAUAACAUGUAUAAUAUAGUAAUGAAGUGCUCCCUAUGUAAUAAUGCAAUCUUACGAUCAUGUCAGUGCGCCAAAAGUUGUCGAUGCGUUUAUUGCCCGUUUCAUUUCUAAAUGCAUCGUAAUCGCACCGAAAAUUUAUCAAAAUUAAUAUUCUUUGAUAUAUCAUGAAUUCAGCAACACAGGAUUAACCAAUUUACAAAUUUAAUUUCAUAUGCGGAUACUGGUUUUUACUUAUGUACGUAAUACUUUAUGGAAUAUUCACUUUACACACUCUGCACAUGCUUAUUAGUUAUUCCUUUUUAAUUAAUAAUUACUUCUAUUAGUAUAGUCUGUAAGAUUACUCCAUUGUGCUUUUCAGAAUCGUACUUGGUGCCUGCUGGAGUGGAGUUGUAUAUUGAUAUUUUAUCUC